AUGGUGACAUUAUGCGCAAAAGUAGAGUCGCUGCUGAAUGACCUGCAGAGGGCGGUACCAUGCGCCCACACCUUCCUCCAGAGGAACCCUGAGGACCAGCAAAUGCAGCAGUUGAUGGAGGAAUACAAGAGCAAGUAUGACCUGAGCGGCUACCUCAUCGACCACGAAGAACGACCCUACGAGACCUCAUUUCUGAGAGGAGUGAAACUUGUGGGUUUGGGCGACUACAGCAGCGGUGUUCAAGAGUUGGAGGAAGCUCUGUGGCUCUACUUCCAGGAAUAUGACCUGUGUCAGGCCGAAUGUGAAGGGAUCACUCAACUUUUACCAGACAGAGACUUCUAUGCAGUCAUAGCAGAUGCCUACAUUGACACAUUAAGGUGCAAACUGAGGUGCGAAGAAAACCUGACACCGAAUAUUGGGGGUUAUUUUGUAGUGAGAUUUGUGCCCACUGUUUACCACUACCUCCAGUAUGCCUAUUAUAAGUUGAACGAUGGACGCAGUGCAGUGCCCUGUGCGCACAGCUACUUCCUGUUCGAGCCUGAGGACCCAGUCAUGAAGCAGAACCUGCUAUAUUAUAAAGCCUACAGUCAACAGUGGGGGCUUCAGUCCAACCACUUUACCCCCAGGAUGGAAGCUUUCAAACACUACAACCAGACAAUAAUGCAAAAAAAGAUGUUGGCAUUUGCAGAAACAUACUUAGGUCUGUCUGAUGAGGACUUUCUAGGACCAGAGGAGGUUGCACGGUCGGCCCCAGACUCUCCUGAUGCUGAGUUUGAAGGUAUUGGAGAUUAUGAGGAGUCAAUUUACGCAAACUGGAAGCAACUGAAGGGCAAAGGGGAUGCUGGCGAGUCAGACAUCUGAAGAUUUUCUGGAGUUUACAGAGAAUAGUCUGACUAUAAGACUAUAAAUAACCACUUGUUACAACCAAGGUAUGCAGAAGAGCAUCUCUGAAUGUGCAACAUAGUGCCACUCCUAUCAUUAAGAACAAGAAACUGAGGCUACAAUUCACACAGGACCACCAGAACUGGACAACAGAAGCUAGACUGGAAAACUAUUGUAGUCUGAUGAUUCCCACAAUCCGGGUUUCUGCUGUGACAUUCAGACAGUGGGGUCAAAAAUUUGGCAUUAACAACAUAAAAGCGUGGAUCCAUCCUCCCUUGUAGCUACGGAUCUGGGUUAGGAUUAUGGUUAACACAUCAUGUCACAAAGCUCAAAUCAUCUCAAACGUUUCUUGAACAAGACGAGGAGUUCACUGUACUCAAAUGGCCUUCACAGUCACCAGAUCUCAGUCAAACAGAGCACGUUUGGGAUGUGGUGGAAUGGGAGAUUCCCAUCAUAGAUGUGCAGCAACUGUGUGACAAUGUGUUGAUAAACCAAAAUCUGUGAUAAAUGUUCCCAGCACCUUGAUGAAUCUAUGCCACAAAGAAUUAAGCAUAAGCAGUCCUGAAGGUAAAAAGAGACCCAACCCUGUGCUAGCAGUACCUAAUAAAGUGGCUGAUCAGUGUAAUUAGACUUUUAAACUAGUAAUAUUGUAGCUGUCACAACAAGUCAUGUCAUUAUGAAUUAUGAACAUGAAACUGAAGUAGCAAGUUAGUCAGCGUUGCACAGAUGGUCAACCAAAUAUUUACAAAUUAUCAAAUACUUUCAAGCCAGAUUCAGUACAAUAUAAUACAGUAUAUAUUAAGCAAGUCAGUAACAUUGUAUUAAAAUUGUUUAGCUGUAAACUUAAUCUAAUGUAACACAAACAAUCAGCAACAAAAAAAGUUUAAUUAUAUCUGGAUUCAUAGCAGCAGACACUCAUGCAGUGGAUCACAGAGUCACUCGAGUUCAGGUAGGUUUUAUUAUGGAUUUUAAUAUACAGUAAUACGAGUAUUUACACUGAGAGCCAGGUUACCUAAAACUAGACAAUGUUGGCUUUUAAUAGUGAGCAGUGCCAAAGUCCUUUUAAUAAGUCAAACUACAGCGUGCGAUCACAGCUACAGUAAACAUGGUGUGACCUGAGCUUCCAGCACACUCAAGGACAGACAUGUCCUAAAGAUUUUUUCAUGUUUCUACAGCGUUUAUGGGUGAAAGAGUCCAACUGUAACUAAACAGAUAUGUUAACCCUUUAAAUGAAGCCUGUGGUGACAAAUAUUGAGCACAUGUGACGUUAUAUACUGUUAAAAGUCUUUUUCUUGUCUACAAAAACAAUUUAUUAAAGUUAUUUUCAGGAGGCAGGAACCUUUACUAGAGAUCCUCGUGUGAUGGACUUCAACUCAACGUAUCAACACUCCUUUAACGCUCCUGUAGGUUGGCUGGCAGUGUAACUCGGAUAAUUUCUUCUGGCACCUGUGCCAACGACUCUUAAUGCCAUUAAUGAUAAAAUACAGCUUUGUGUGACAAUCACAGGAGUAUAAGCCUCUAAACCUGAUCGACACGCUCUGAUACUCAAUUUUUUAAUGCACUUAU